AUGAACCCAAAUAAGAAUGACAAAAACAAAAAAAUUAUUGUGACUGUGGCACACGAAAACACAAAAACUGCUUUAUCUUUAAGGGAAAAAAUCAAAAGUCUACAAACUGAACGGCAAGGAUUUCUUCAAAAACUAAAAGAAGAGAACAAAAAUACUCUUAAGAAUCAAAAGAAUGCAACUGUUUCUCAGUUUAAUAUAUAUGUCAAAAGUCCUUUGCAACAGAAAAAUGUCACAUAUGAGGGAAAAGCCAAUAGUAUGAGAGAUGAGAAGGAAAAUGUAAUUGAUGAGUGUGAUGCUGAGUCCAACCUUGAAAUUUCUUCUGAAUCGCAAAAUUCUUUUAAGAACUCAAGCUCAAGAGACACAGAAGUUCGUCCGAGUUAUUCUACACAUUUGUCUCCAUCCUGUCUGUACAGGAUUAAUCCUAAAAGUUCUAAUUCAGUCCAUCGUCGUCAGCUAUUUAGUAGCCAAAAAAUAUCACAAGAUACUAAUGAUUCUGAGAGUCUUUCUUUUGAUAUCAAUAAGAGCAUUAGAGAAAUAAAAUCUCUAUGCAAAACAACACUUGUGCGAGUGGAAGAACUAAAUAGUAAAGUUGAUGUCACAAUUAUGAAUCAGACUCGACUGAAUCGGUCUGUUCUUCCAGCUGAAAAGAGAAUUAUGCGUCCGCCAGAUCUCCCGGCUCUUCCCCUUUAUACAGAGGAUGGUCUGAAAGCUAUGGAGAGAUUUUUGGAAGACGACUCUAAUUUGUCAGCAAUGGUUCAUUACUUGGCUUUAUUUUCCUUUAAUAAAAUUGAAGGAAAAGCAGCUGCUCAAGUUAUGACAAAGUUGAUAUCUAAUGCACUAGCCUGUUCCUACAAUUUUAAAGGUACUGAGGGAAGUGGAAAGAAAGGUUUUCAAAAUUUGCAUCUUUGGGAGGUAGUUCAAGGAGUGAUACAAAUACGAUUUCCUGAAAGUGAUCUCUCAGAUACUAAAGAGUCUGUAAUGUCCUGGUUGCGAAAUGCCCCUUGGCGGAAGCAAGAAAUAGGAUCCGAGAGUGGGAAGAGAAAGAGCGACAGUUCUCGCCAAAGAAACAGCCCUAAAUAA